AUGAAGCGUCCGCGUUCCAGCUCGGCGGUGGAGGAGUCGGCGGUGUCGGCGUACGUGCAGACGUGCACGAACUUCAAGUCGAGUGUGACGUUCACAGAUAUCUCGAAGGUAUCAUGUGUUGCGCCGCGCGUGCUUCUGGUUGGCGCGCUGGAGCAGCUGCAAGACAACUCUGUGAAGUCCGUGCCGUUUUACUGCUCGGCGGUUGCGGAGGUGCUGCAGCGGGUGAAGGCUGGUGCGACGGUGAAGACGCUUGCGGAGGUUUCAGGGCGCAAUGGCUUCAUAGAAGUGACGGUGACCGCGCUGCCGGCAACCAGGUCGCGCACGAACUGCCCUUACCGCGCGGACAGCAUAUCGGAGGCCGUCACUGCUGCGUGCGGGAGCGUCGAAGAAGGCGAGGUGCUUGACGUGUACGUGCGCGUGCCUGCUGGCGCGGAGACGGCGGUCGCGAACGCUGUUGCGCGCGCUGCGCCGCACUCGUACACCGCGAAGGCUAAGCAGGCGACGAAGGCGUACAUGAAACAGGAAAUCACGCUGAACGUCGUGAUGUCAUCACGCGCUGCGUUCACGCAGGAGAAAGUGCGCGGAAAGUCCGUGUGCGUGGCGGAGCUGGAGGCGAUCUGCACGUCUGUGCAGCUGUGCCAGCGCCUGGUGGACACGCCGCCGUGCAUGCUGGACACUGUCGUGUACGCUGAGAUCGCUUCUGCUUACGCCGCUGAGCUCGGCGUGGACAUGGCUGUGAUCAAGGGUGAGGAGCUGCGCGAGAAGGGCUACGGCGGUAUCUACGCUGUGGGCAAGUGUGCGCAGUACCCGCCGCACCUGGUGACGCUGCGCUACAGGAACCCGAACGCCACUGUGGGCGCCAAGAAUGUUGCGAUGACUGGCAAGGGUAUCGUGUACGACUGCGGCGGCCUUGCGCUGAAGCCGGCCGCGCACAUGACGAACAUGAAGACGGACAUGGGCGGCUCCGCCGGCGUGUUCUGCGCCUUCAUCGCGGUGGUGCGCAGCAUGAAGAUGCAGAAGGAUCACUUCAGCCACAUCGCCAACAUCAGCGUGACGCUGUGCUUGGCGGAGAACGCGAUCGGCCCCAACUCGUACCGAAACGACGACGUCGUGGUGAUGAAGUCGGGCAAGUCGGUGGAGGUGAUGAACACGGAUGCCGAGGGCCGCAUCGUGCUUGGCGACGGCGUGUUCUACGCGACGGGGGAGCAGUGCUUCAUCCCGGAUGUGGUGAUCGACAUGGCGACGCUGACGGGUGCGCAGGGUGUGGCGACGGGGUCGAGGCACGCCGGCAUUUACGUCAGCGAUGCCGAGGUAGAGAAGAACAUGGUCACUGCGGGCCUGCAGUCCGGCGACCUGUGCUACCCAGUGCUGUACUGCCCCGAGUACCACGAGGAGGUGUACAAAAGCCCCUGCGCCGAUAUGCGCAACAUUGCGAACUCGCCAUCCAGCGCCGGCUCGAGCUGCGGCGGGUACUUUGUCGAGCAGCAACUGAGCGAGCGCUUCAAGGGCCCCUUCGUCCACGUUGAUAUGGCCUACCCCAGCUCGAACCCGGCCGGCGCCACCGGCUACGGUGUUGCUCUCGUGUUCGAGUUUCUGCGCCACUACUAG